AGAGACGUCACAUCAGUCCGUUAGACGGAUUGUGUUUAGCUUGUUAGCCACCAACCAGCUAACGUACUCUCUUAGCUCUCGAGCUGCUACACAAACAUUGAAGAACAGCCUCAAAAUGUCACUGCUUUCAUUACCAUCUUUUACUGCAUGAAAACGCUUUAUUAUAAUGCCUAACUGAACUUGACGACUGUUCGCUGCAGAUGCAUUUCGGUCAUUUGUUAAGGAUUUUUAAAGAAAAAAGGAUUAACACAUAAGAACAAUCAAGCAUGGACCAUGUAAUGAAGGAAUAUGGUAUCAAGUUUCCGUGUCUCAGAGCUCCAGGUACUGUUAGGUUUUGCUGGAAGGAAUAAGAGCGGUCGCAAGCAUGAACUAUUGCUGAGGGCUUUGCAUCUACUAAGGAGUGGUUGUGGUCCUGCCGUGCAGAUCAAAAUAAAGGAACUGUAUUGUCGGAGAUACCCAAGGACUUUUGAUGGUCUGCAAGAUUUGGCGGCUCUAAAGUCAAGCAUUAAAUCCUACUUUCACAUAGACAGUGACGCCACAAUUGUGAGCUCAGACCUUCCUCUGCAAACCGGCCAUUCAGACCUCCUGCAGCAGCAGCAGAUGAGCUGCGAUUCACCUGUUUUACAUGAAUUAAAGCCCAUGAUGAAUAUGCAGCAGCCCACGUCGCUCAUGGCUCCGGUCCACCCGGACGUGCAGAUGAAGGCCCUACCGUUUUACGAUGUGCUGGAUGUCUUGAUCAAACCAUCAAGUUUAGGGACCCAUGCCGUUCAGAGGUUUCAUCAUGAGAAGUACUUCAUAUUUGCAUUGACUCCACAACAAGUGAGAGAAGUUUGCAUUUCUCGGGACUUUCUUCCAGGUGGAAGAAGGGACUACAUGGUUCAAAUUCAGCUGCGGUUUUGUCUAGCAGAGACCAGUUGUCCACAAGAGGACAAUUAUCCAAACAGCCUGUGCAUCAAAGUCAAUGGAAAGCUCUUUCCCCUCCCUGGAUAUGCACCACCUCCUAAGAAUGGUGUAGAGCAGAAAAGACCCGGCAGACCGCUGAACAUCACAUCGCUGGUCAGGUUGUCAUCUGCUGUACCCAAUCAGAUAGUAGUCACAUGGGCACCUGAAAUAGGGAAGACAUACUCCAUGUCUGUUUAUUUGGUGCGGCAGCUGACCUCCCCACUGUUACUACAGAGAUUAAGAAUGAAGGGGAUCAGAAACCCUGACCACUCCAGAGCAUUAAUUAAAGAAAAACUCACGGCAGACCCUGACAGUGAAAUCGCCACAACUAGUUUACGAGUCUCACUCAUGUGCCCACUUGGCAAGAUGCGCCUUACGGUACCCUGUCGAGCUGUCACCUGUUCCCACCUGCAGUGCUUCGAUGCUGCUCUAUACCUGCAAAUGAAUGAGAAGAAGCCCACCUGGAUCUGUCCCGUCUGUGACAAAAAAGCCACAUAUGAGAGUCUGAUUAUAGAUGGGCUCUUCAUGGAAAUACUCAAUGACUGCACAGAUGUUGAUGAAAUCAAGUUUCAGGAGGAUGGGACUUGGUGUCCAAUGAGACCAAAGAAGGAGACGUUAAAAGUGUCAUCUCCAUGUAUCCCAAAAAUUGAUUGUGCUGUCACAGUGAGACAAAGUGCAGUGGUGCCACCUCCAGAAACCAGCAGUACAAAAAAGGCAGACGUAAUUGACCUUACGCUAGAAAGCUCGUCUGAUGAUGAUGAUGAUGAUGAUGAGGACAGCGAUCCUCCUCUGAAAAAGCGCUGUGUUUACAUGUCAAAGGCUGAGGAGAUGCACAGCAAAGGGGUCUUGACUUAUCAGCCAUCAACUGUCCGGGUGCCAAAUGUCCAGGCGCUGGACACCUCAUACCUGACCUCCUCAAUCGCAGACUACUCGGUUCCAUUCCACCAUUCAACCUUAUCCACUAUUCCCACAGAUAUGCAAAGUCUUGAUUUAUUUUCUCUGAUUCAAGGGGACCCCCAGCAACAUUACAGAGGCCCCAUAUUUUUAGACAAUCUCUCCAGCAGCCUUCAGAGUGCCACCACCAGCGCCAGCCUGGUCUCCUCAUCCUCACAGUACGAGACGGCAACCCAUAGCAGCAGCUCGAGUCAUGAGACGGGUGUGAUCACGGGAGGAUCUUCAGGCCUAUCAGACAUUAUCUCUCUAGACUGACUCCUAGUGCAUCUUUAUUGGCCAGUCACCAAAACAACUACACUCAAGUCAG